AUGAGCUUUCGAGGGUAUGCGCUCCUUUUAGUUUUGGUAUCCUUUACCAUGGCCCUCGCGACCGACGUACCGCUCCAGUCGACAGGCCACGCCCUCCUCGUUUCACGCAUCCCCGAAAGGAAGACGGCGCUUUACGUCACCCCGUAUCGGGAUGGCAUCCUCCGCCUCACCAUAAAACCUGAAAAGGAGUGGAGCUUCACCGUCCCGCACAGCGUGGUGGCGGAGCCGGAAGCCUUUGAAACGCCAGGGCUGAAUUGCACGCCUCAUGAUGCGACCUGCGUGGUGGAGCAUCAGAACUGCACGAUGGUGAUUCGCCUCUCUCAAGGGGCCUCCGAGGUGAUCGUGAACUACACCUGCGUCGGCCUCCCGUUGGUAUCCGCGACGGUGGAUCUCCAGCAAACCCCACGCGCCGUGGUCACCUCUACGUUCCCGUCUGCGCAGACGAUGUAUGGCCUUGCGGAGCACGCGGCGGAUUUGCCUUUGCGCUCCGGUAGCCCCUACGAAUUGUUCAACCACGACGCCUUUCAAUACCCACUGAACAGCACCAACGCGCUUUACGGCGCCAUUCCGUUUCUCAUGGCGUACUCGGCGAAGGCGACCACGGGUUUUUUGUUCCUCAACGCCGCCGAGCUCCACGUCGUGGUGCGGGAGCGGAAGGCGCCUCCGGAGGAGGCGCCGCCUCGUUGUGAGUGGAGGGCCGAGGUCGGGCCGGUGGAUUUUUUCCUCCUCCCCGGCCCCACCCCGGCGCAGGUUCAACGCCAACACGCCUUUCUCACAGGGCCGACCGUCUUUCCACCCUACUUCGCCCUCGGUUAUCACCAAUCCCGCCGGAGUUAUCUCGACUUCAAAGACGCCCUCUCCGUCGACGAAGGGUUUGAUCAGCACCACAUGCCCUACGACGCGCUCUGGCUGGAUGUCGAGCAUACCGACGAGGGGAGAUCUUUUACCUGGGAUGAGCGUGCGUUUCCCGACGCGGAGGUGCUGUCGGACGCGCUCGAAUCGAAAGGUCGUCGGCUGAUCACCUUCAUCUCUCCGGAGGUGCGGCGGGUGGAGAACUUCACCCUCCACGAGGAGGCCGAGCAGGGACAUCACGCCAUCCAAGACGCGAAGGGCGAGGUCUUUAAAGGGGAGGGCUGGGUAGGGGAGUGUUCAUGGCCGGACUUUCUAAACGCGCGCACGCGGGCGUGGUAUGCGGGUUUUUUUCAGGAUCGGGAAUCCCCGGGCAAGGGUCGAUCGCGGACUCACGUUGGGGUGGGGAUGAACGAACCCGCGGUGCGGAAUGCACCUCGUCGGACGAUGGGAAAGGAGUUAAUCCAUUACGACGACCACGGCCACCGCGUCGAGCAUCGAUCGCUUCACAACAUGUACGGUUUGUUAUCGGUGAUAUCGGCGUAUCAAGGCGCCCUGGGGGCUGCUGGGGAGGGGAAGGCGGUAAAAACGCGGCCUUUUCUUCUCACGCGAAGCUUCUUCGCGGGCUCCCAACGCUACGCGGCGAUGUGGACCGGCGAUAACGUGGCGCGUUGGGAUCAUCUGCAAAGCACCCCGGCGGAACUGCUUUCGUUGUCCAUUUCCAAUUAUCCCUUUUGCGGAAGCGACGUUGGGGGUUUCUAUUCGGAGCCGGAAGAGGAGCUCUUCGUGCGCUGGAUGCAGAUGGGCAUUUUCUACCCCUUCUUCCGCGGCAACGCGAAUCACGACACGAGGCGCCGCGAGCCAUGGGCUUUCUCCGAGGAAGCCCAACACCACGUUCGCUAUGCCCUUGCCCUACGCUACGCGCUGCUUCCGUACCUGUACACGGUCUUUUACCGCGCGCAUCGCCACGGCGAGACGGUGCUGCGCCCGCUCUUUUUCGAAUUCCCCGCGCAGGAGGAUUUGUGGGGGGAGCAGACGACCUUUAUGUUCGGACCCUCCCUGUUGGUUUCGCCGGUGGUGCAUCGAAAAGCCACGGAGACGACGGUGCGCUUGCCCGCGCGCGAGAUAUGGUACGAGUACUCCACCGGGGAGGCGAUCACGGGUCGUACGACCUACCCGAUGCCGGUGACGCUGCAGACCAUCCCGCUCUUCCUUCGUGGUGGCCACAUCGUACCCCUGAAGCUUCGACUCCGCCGCAGCACGUACGCUGCGCGGGGCGAUCCAUUCACGCUUUAUAUCGCCCUCAAUGCCAAGGGGGAGAGUCGUGGUGAGUUUUAUCUUGACGACGGUACCACGUUUCACUACGAGCGAGGGGAUUCGCUUUAUCGGCGGUUUGAAUUCUCGAAGUACCACCUUCGCUGCACCAAGCAUCCAGAGGCGUCGACGAACAGCACUUUCACCGUUUCCAACGUCGUCGAGCGCAUUGUUGUGAUGGGGUAUAACCGAAAACCACUAAAAAUAUACCGGGUAUCGACCACAGAGGAAGGACCAGACCCGCAAAUCGCGGGAGAGCCUAUGCGGUUUGAGCGUGUGGGAAAUUCAAUUAUCGUGCACAAUCCAAGGCUUAAAAUCGAGGAAGACUGGGAAAUUCGCUUUGAGAAUGAUUAA